GCCGGGGUCGCCGCUGGCCUGGCAGGGUGGGUGUGGAGCGCCCCUGGGGCGCCCAGCGCGGCGCGAGCCGAGGGAGCGUCCGGUCCAGAGCUUCUGUCACCUCUCCUCGGUGCUCAGCCCCAGUCACCCUCGGCUUUCUGGGGUUGGCUGUGUCGCUGGGAGCUGAAAAUUGAGUCGGGAGCUGAGGGGGCAGCUUGAAUUGCAGUUUUAAAACUGUUCCCGUGGCGCCGUCGGCAGCGCCAGGUACAGCUGCCCUGGUCCGCGGUCUGCGCGAGUCUGUCUGUUUUGUGGUGGAAGAGGAGGAAGGUAACCCAAGGAAAAAUGAGAAGUCGGAGAAGCCAGGGCUCUCGGCUUUCGGGGAAAAGGGUCUAUUUACUUAUUGGGUGGGGACAGUUUGGCAGGAGAGGGAAACUUGGGAGAGGUGAGUGUGGGAUCCAUGGAGAGAGUGCGUGUGUGCUUGUUAGAUGCAGCACAACCCCACUCUGCUGGCGGACAAUGGGGGUGGGGAGCGUCAGGGACCAGACCCAGGUAGGUAAUGGGGACCUUAACCUGGAGUCAACCUCAUCCAGUGCUAGACAAUCGCUUUUGCAAUGUGAAACACACCAGUUUUCUUCUUGGGGUGGGGGGCGCCUCUGCGGUACCUGCGGGAGGUGUACACGCGUUUGUCCUGUUAAGGGAAGCAGGAAUGUCCUGAAACUAACAGUCCCGGCACCAGAAAGGUGAAGCGAAAGGUGAGCGCUGGGACCUGUGGGUUUAGAGGUGCGAAAGCUUGGCUUGAAAUUAACAGACGCGUGCAAUCCGCGCGCGCGCGCACACACGCACGCGCACACACACACACACACACACACACACUCUCACCCUGCCCUGGGCCGAAUGACAGCGAAGCGGGGACGGGGAGGGGGUUCGAGGUUACUCUGCCCUGUGGUCUUUCCACGUCCCGGAUUUGGCCCUUCUCUUUUUGGGGUUGUUCGUGUAAUGAAGUGGGGGUCCCUUCAACCAAUGGAAGUAUCGCCCCCAUCCCUCGCAAAGAAAUCCCCAGAGCCUCUCCCUAGACACCACACUUAAAGGAUCAACUGCGGCGGUGCUCUAGGCUUUGGGCCGCGACUUAGGAAAUAAAAUAACUUGGGCAACGGCUCCCGCCUUUUAGAGCUAGUCUGCUGAAUCCACGGGCUGUCACCACCCACCCCAACUUCGUUUCCAGACCUCUCUCUGCCCCCCCAGCCCCCCCCCCCGUGACCUUUUCUCCGAAUCCCACAAGAGCCGCUGGGGGUCAGCGUCCAACCUGCACAGAAGUUGGGGAGGGGGAACCUACCCCUUCCCAUCCCUCCAACCCGGGGAAAUAGGGGGUGCGUGUACAGGAGCGCCUAAGGGGUUAAUGAGAGCCCUCUGAAUCCCAGCGUUAUUUUUUCGGAGUCAUUUAUCAGAUUUUACGGGGGACCUCCAAGGGCUCUCCGUUUCCACCGAGCGCCAUCUAAACAGAGCCCAGGGCUAAAAAUACAACAUUUUUGUAUAAAUUGGACUCGCGGCCCGAGCGGCCGCCCCUAUGAAAGUCCUCUUUGUGAAGACCGUGGAAACGGCGGACAAAUAACUCUUUAUUAAUGCCACAAAAAACGCACUUUAAUUAUAGUUAGGCAGAUCAGAGGCGGGGGGUGGGGGCGAGGCGGCGGCGACCUCGGAAAAUUCACAACCCAACUUUUGUGUUGAAAGAAAAGAAAAACAGAGGAAAAGAAGGAGAGGAGAGACGGAGGGUGAGACGGAGCGAGUGAGACGGUUAUAGCAGACGGAGGGAGGGAACCCUUCGCCUCACCACCCCCUCUGUCGCACUCCCACCUCCGCCUAGAUUUUUCUUAAAGGGGAAGACGCCGUCUAGAAAGGCUGCAAGGCGGGGGGGAACUCUCCCCGUCCUCCAGCCUGGGAGAGGGGACAGCGUUCUCGCGGCCCAGCCCCCCUCCUAGCUGCUCAGGCGCUCCCGGCUCUUCCCCGUCGCGCGCAGGGGCCGGAGGCGCAUGUGGAAAAGUGAUUAGGACUCCGGGUUCUGCAGAGUCACUUUUCGGCUGUACUCGGGUGUGUGCAUAUUUAGCUGGAGAAUAGUUUUCCUUGGAAGAAAGGAAAGUGAGGAGGGGGACUAACCCGGGAUGGGGGGCUGAGUUGCCUCCUCAGGAGUGCAGGAGCGGGUAGAUCUGGAGCCCGAGUCGGUACGCCGGUGGGCGGGCAGGAGGGGCGGCUGGACAGGUGGCGCUCCUCCCCUUUUCCCCCAAUGCUGCCGGGGCAGAAGAAGGGUUAACGUGGGGUGGGGUAGCGAGUACCGACGUCAAAGGUGAGCGGGACGCCUCUGCCCCCGCCCCUCUGAGGUCCCCACAGUUUCCGGUACCCGCGCAAGGCUGGCUCCGCCAGCGGUUCCCAGAGCCUGGCCGGGCCCCGGCCCCGCAGUCCUCGGCUUGCGCCGCCACCGCCGAGGAUCCUGUUACCUGCGCGGGUGGCCCCGCCCGGCCCCACCCCGCCCCGCGCUCGGGUUCCAGACUCCAGGGCGGCAUCCAAAGGUUCUGGCUUCCAGUCGUCGCGGAGGGAGAAGUAUGGCAACGUGUUCAAGACGCACUUGUUGGGGCGGCCGCUGAUACGCGUGACCGGCGCGGAGAACGUGCGCAAGAUCCUCAUGGGCGAGCACCACCUCGUAAGCACCGAGUGGCCUCGCAGCACGCGCAUGUUGCUGGGCCCCAACACGGUGUCCAAUUCCAUUGGCGACAUCCACCGCAACAAGCGCAAGGUCUUUUCCAAGAUCUUCAGCCACGAGGCCCUGGAAAGCUACCUGCCCAAGAUCCAGCUGGUGAUCCAGGACACACUGCGCGCCUGGAGCAGCCACCCUGAGGCCAUCAAUGUGUACCAGGAGGCACAGAAGCUGACCUUCCGCAUGGCCAUCCGGGUGUUGCUGGGCUUCAGCAUCCCUGAGGAGGACCUUGGGCACCUCUUUGAGGUCUAUCAGCAGUUUGUGGAGAACGUCUUCUCCCUGCCUGUCGACCUGCCCUUCAGCGGCUACCGGCGGGGCAUUCAGGCCCGGCAGAUCCUGCAGAAGGGGCUGGAGAAGGCGAUCCGGGAAAAGCUGCAGUGCACACAGGGCAAGGACUACUCGGACGCCCUGGACCUCCUCAUCGAGAGCAGCAAGGAGCACGGAAAGGAGAUGACCAUGCAGGAGCUGAAGGACGGGACCCUAGAGCUGAUCUUUGCGGCCUAUGCAACCACGGCCAGCGCCAGCACCUCACUCAUCAUGCAGCUGCUGAAGCACCCCGCUGUGCUGGAGAAGCUGCGGGAAGAGCUGCGGGCUCAUGGCAUCCUGCAUAGCGGCGGCUGCCCCUGCGAGGGCACCCUGCGCCUGGACACGCUCAGUGGGCUGCGCUACCUGGACUGCGUCAUCAAGGAGGUCAUGCGCCUGUUCACGCCCAUUUCCGGCGGCUACCGUACCGUGCUGCAGACCUUCGAGCUCGAUGGUUUCCAGAUCCCCAAAGGGUGGAGUGUCAUGUACAGCAUCCGGGACACCCACGACACAGCGCCCGUGUUCAAAGACGUGAACGUGUUCGACCCCGACCGCUUCAGCCAGGCGCGGAGCGAGGACAAGGACGGCCGCUUCCAUUACCUCCCGUUCGGCGGCGGCGUCCGGACCUGCCUGGGCAAGCACCUGGCCAAGCUGUUCCUGAAGGUGCUGGCGGUGGAGCUGGCCAGCACCAGCCGCUUUGAGCUGGCCACGAGGACCUUCCCCCGCAUCACCCUGGUCCCUGUCCUGCACCCCGUGGAUGGCCUCAGCGUCAAGUUCUUUGGCCUGGACUCCAACCAGAACAAGAUCCUGCCGGAGACAGAGGCCAUGCUGAGCGCCACCGUCUAACCUAAGCCCACCCGCCUCAGCCCAGCCCAGGCAGUGGGGAGGCGGUGAUGGGAGGUAGAAACCUGUGUGUGGGAGGGGCCGGAAUGGGGAGGGCGAGUGGCCCCCAUACUUGCCCUUCCCUGUUCCCCCUCCCUGGCAAACCCUACCGAAAGCCAGUGGGCCCCAUCCUUCCUAGGGCCUGGCUCCCCUUCUGGGUCCUGCUUCCCUCCAGCCGCUCCGAAUUUCCCACCAGCUCAGCCCCUGGGAAGGGCGUGGUGGGGGCUCUGCAUGCCCGUGACAGUGUUAGGUGUCAGCUCGUGCUACAGUGUUCUUGUGAUCUUCUGAACUGCUCCUUCCCUCCAUUCCCUUUGGACCCUUUUAGCUGCAGCUGGGGGACGGGAAGAGCAGUGCCCCCUUUGGCACACACUUCAGCGUCUCCUCCCCCUGUGCCCCCACCGCGUCUGCCCAGGAACAGCAUCCUGGGUAGCAGGAGUCAGCCUCGGGGCGGGGGCUGCCACUAACCUGGAGACUGUCUUUCUUCAUGCCCCCGCUCCUGCCCUCCCCUGCCGGUUUGGACAUUUGAAAUUAUUGCUGCUACUUGUUCUGUCCUCUGACCUUGGGGCAAAGGAUCCCCAGGUCCUGUCUCCCCAGCAUCCUCCCUGGUGGCCCUGGGUAGGUGCACUGACACCCCUACCUUCCCACCCCCUGCUGAACCAGGCCCUGCUACACACUCGGGCCUGUGGCCCUCGGCUCAUGUGCUGCCCACCCCCAUAUUUAUUCACUGUUAGAGAAUCUUGGGGAUACUGGGGUCUGGAACAAACAUCUCCUCUCCUGCAUGCCCUAGCCUGUUUUCCAGCUGUCCUGGCCAGACUUCUGUGAGUGAAGAGGAAGGGGUCUCUGGUCAAACCCAGCCCCCAGGCCUAGGGUUGAACAGCCUUCCCCGGCUCUGGGCAUUAUUAUUUGGGUUUAAUCUCGGAACCUCACUCCUGGGCUGAAGUCUGGAGCCUCUGCCUUGUCCCUGGUGGAGAAGGGACAUGGCCCAUUGCUUCUUCCCUGUCCUGUCAAAAACCCUGAUCAGGUAGAUUUGGAGGUGGCCAAGAUUUCCUGCUUGGUCCCUGUUCACCCCAGUGCCCCUGACUCCAGUGCGUGAGUACGGGGAAAGAUACGGGUUCUUCUGACGGGGCGCCAGGGCCUCCGUCUUCCUUUCCUUAACCCUCCCCCUUUGCCCUCAACCCUGAAAAAGGUGUCCUGGAAGUCCCUUCCACCUCUAUGCCACUGUCUGCUUAGCCCAGCUCAGGGGCGGGGAAGAGGUGAAAGCGUGGGGGAGGUGUGCACAGCGGCAGUCCUGCCUGGGAGCUGACUCCGGACGGGCAGUGUGGUCUCUGGGCAGCUGCGAGGAGGCUGCCACCAGAGCUGAAGAGGCGGCUACGUGCGGUUUGUCAGAGGGAUUGGGUUGGAAACUGGCCAGUUGGGAUGACUGGGUGAAAGAGGAGUAGCUCCUGCCACUGGCGUUUUGAGUGUUGGCGAUUUGGGAUGCCUCCUGGGGAUGGUUUGGGGCCUUCGGUGAGUCUCUAAGCAGUUGUGUCUGCUUUCAGAUUUUUCCUUGCUUUCUGUGUUUCUCUAUUGGUUUUUGAUGCUGUCGAAAACACAGAAGAAUGAAGGACAUCUCAGUCCCCAAUCGCUGCUGUGAUCACCUCCGCCGCUCCCUGAGACCAGAUCCCGUGGGCAGCCCUACAGACCAACCCUGACCCCACUCAUGGCCCCCCUGACCGUAGACUUCAGGAACAGCCUGUAUCACGAAGAUUCUCUACAACCCCUGACUCAGAUGUUUCAUUUAUUUCCUGCUUUUCCACUACUAAAAAAAAGUGUGGAACAGACAUUAUUGGCAAAACUAGUUUGACGUUUUUAAAAACAUUGGUAAAAAUCCCUUAAUCACCCCCAAUUCUGAAAAACGGGCCAGAAUGGGUAAAUACUUGUCAAAGCUUGCAAUAGAGCUACAUAGUGCACCUGAACUUAUACCCCUCACACACACACACACACACACAAAACCAGUAUCUGGAAGGUUCAUUUGCCUUUAGGCUGAUCCAGCUGGCCCUGAACCACUUGCUUUUGCCUAUCUAGGAGAGCAGUAAGCAGAACUUCAGACAAGAAGCCCGCUGGGUCUGGUCCAGGGGAGGAGCAGGAGGCAUGGGGCUGGGAGGCCUCAGGGACCUUCCCUUGGGGUGGCCAGCCUGGUAGGGGGCAGAGAAGGAAAAACCGAGGGGGGUCCCUGUGAGGGAGGAGAGAAGGAUCGUUUGGCCCGCUGGGUCUCAAAGGCAAUGAGAAGAGAGCCGAAGAAAGCUCUGGCUGGCUGACAGGCUCCCUGUGUUGUAAUUCGCCCCUCCUUUCAGCUCUUUAGUGAGAUACUGUGUCUGUGUGUGUGUGCAUGUGUGUUUCAUAGAUCUAGCGUUAGAUGGGUGAUAUUUCUCACUUAUCAUCCCUAACUAUUGUAACUUGACCUAAAAAAGACGAAACCCACAAAACUCUUCCUGCCACGGGCUUGCAGAUUGAAGCACUUUCAAUGUUGGGCGCUGGCGUUUGUGUUCCGGGCACCACCAUGACCCUGCCCAGAUGGCUAUAGCAUUUUAUACACAAACUUUUUUUUUUUCAUAAAUGUUAUAAUUUUGUGUCUGUCUUUAUAAACUAUUAUAAGUACUAUUUUUGUUAUAAUUCAAAAUAGAUAUUUAGUAUAAAGUUUUUGCUGUUAAAUAUUUGUUAUUUAGUAAAAUAUGAAUUUUGCUCUAUUGUAAACAUGGUUCAAAAUAUUAAUAUGUUUUUAUCACAGUUGUUUUAAUAUUGAAAAAGCACUUGUGUGUUUUGUUUUGAUAUGAAACUGGUACCGUGUGAGUGUUUUUGCUGUCGUGGUUUUAAUCUGUAUAUAAUAUUCCAUGUUGCAUAUUAAAAAAAUGAAUGUUGUGCAUUUUGUGAUUUUGGAAAUACUCAGUGUGGCUCUUUCAUAGGCUUCCAUAAUAAACCAUGGGGACUCACCCUUGUCUCCGUUGCCUCUC